CAACAAUUUAUAUAAUGCACAAAUCAAUUUGGGUUUCGCAAAUUCAUACACAAUGUUGUUGAUUUUUAUUCUUUUCAUCUCACUUGACUCGGCAACUUCAUAUUCUGGUCAAGAGAAAGGCUUUUUACAAUGUUUUUCAUCUCAUUUAGAGCAGUCUAAUCAAACUUCCCAAGUUUUAAUCACCCGGAAUAGUUCUGAUUACUCAUCCGUCUGGAAAUCUUCCAUUCGGAACGCCAGAUUCCUGAACACUUCAACACCAAACCUUCCCAGGUUUAUUAUAACUCCAUUUCAUGUGUCUCAUAUCCAAUCUGCCGUAAUCUGCUCGAGAGAAUAUGGCUUGCAAAUAAGAGUUCGAAGUGGAGGCCAUGACUAUGAGGGACUAUCUUAUGUUGGUGAAGCUGAUGUUCCUUUUCUCGUAAUUGAUCUUUUCAAUCUUCGAUCCAUUAGCGUUGACAUUGAAAAUGAAAGUGCGUGGGUGGAGUCCGGAGCAACUCUUGGAGAAUUAUACUACAAAAUUGCGGAGAAAAGUAAGCUCUAUGGCUUCCCUGCUGGAAGUUGUUCUACUGUUGGUGUUGGAGGACACAUCAGCGGCGGCGGAUUUGGUACCAUAUUCAGAAAAUAUGGUUUGGCUGCUGAUAAUGUAAUUGAUGCUAAGAUAGUGGAUGUUAAUGGAAAAAUUCUGUGUCGAAAAACGAUGGGGGAAGAUCUUUUCUGGGCGAUUAGAGGCGGCGGUGGAGCAAGUUUUGGAGUAAUUUUCUCCUGGAGACUUCGACUGGUUCCAGUUCCCUCAACUUUAACUUUAUUCAGAGUUAGAUACACAUUAGAACAAGGAGCCAGCAGGCUUCUUCAGAAAUGGCAAACCAUUGGAAAUGAACUUAAUGAAGAUCUCUUCAUUCAUGCUGUGUUGGAAGUUACUGACGCAAAGACUGUCAGAGUUUCAUUUGCGUCCUUGUAUCUUGGUGGGGCUGAAAAUCUCAUACCUUUGAUGCAAGAAAGUUUCCCUGAAUUGGGUUUAAUGCGUGAAAACUGCACUGAAAUGGAUUGGAUUCAGUCUGUUCUCUAUUUCGCCGGCUUCUCAACUCAUGAUUCUCUAGAAGUUUUGCUUGAUAGAACUACGCAAUUCAAGGGGUUCUUCAAGGCGAAAUCUGAUUAUGUGGAAGAACCGAUUUCCGAAACUGGGUUGGACGGGCUAUACAAAAGGCUUCUUGAAGAAAAGACAUCAUAUCUGAUUUUAACACCUUAUGGAGGAAAAAUGAGUGAGAUUUCUGAUACGGAAAUCCCAUUUCCGCACAGGAUUGGAAAUUUAUACAAAAUCCAGUAUAUGGUGACAUGGAAUAUUGAAGAUGAAUCAGCGAAGCACACUGGCGGGAUCAGAAGGCUUUAUGAAUAUAUGAAACCUUAUGCUUCAAAGGCUCCGAGAGCUGCAUACCUCGGCUACAGAGAUCUUGAUUUGGGAAGGAAUAAGAAUGGCAAUACAAGCUAUGCACAGGCAAACAUUUGGGGUUUGAAGUAUUUCAAGAAGAAUUUCAGAAGACUGGUUCAGGUAAAGACUGCAGUUGAUCCUGGUAACUUUUUCUGGAAUGAACAAAGUGUCCCAGUGUUUCCCUUAAAAUGAAAAAGAAAAUUAGAAAAAAUGUUAAAUAAUAUUGAAAUAUUCUGUUCAUCCAUCUUUUAUCAUGACUUUAGUUG